AUGGAAGAGACGAUGCUUGACACAUCCUUGUGGAUGUGUCUUAUGCUCGCCUCCCUCGUUCCCUUCGUCCAGAAGCUGCUGCUGCUCGAACUUAACCUCACCCCGAUGUUCCUCGGCUUUGCCGAGGCUCUCGCCGUCUACUCGAUUGAUCGAUACCGCGACAACUUGCAAUGCAAGGACUUGCGAGCCCAGCAGGCAACCUCUCGUCUUCUUGGUGCACCUCUCGUUGGGCUUGCUCUACGCCAUGCGGUUGCCGGUGCUGAUCUCGAGCAGGAGCGAGAGGAGAGAACAACUUGGAGGAUCAAGGAGCUUCCGUGCUCAAAAGCUUUCUUCGUCGCCUUCAGCACCAGCUUCAUGGCCCUCUUCGCGCCUCUGGCUUAUGCUAACUCUCGUCGUUUGCCGGCUGGCCCCGCAUGGAGGGAGUCAGCGCAGGCCUUGACCUUGGUCUUCUUGAUCUCCUUCUCCGUUGAGAACUUGCAGGACGUCAGGGACUUGGACUCUGACAGAGCCGCGGGAACUGUGACCCUCGCCCUCAAGUUGGGGGUGCGGAGAACCAAGUGCUUGCUGACGUCACUGUGGUUCUUGUUUGCUGCCAUGCAGGUCCGCGCCAAUGGAGCGAAGAGCUCGACAGUUCAGCUCCUGGUCGCCUUGACCGUCGUCUCCCUGACUUGGUCGCCAGUGAUCAUCUCGAGCAAGUUCUUCUACUCGCUGCUGCUUGAGAGCGUCUUCGCUUCUCCUCUGCUCUUCUCUCUUCUCCUCGACCUGCUCUCUUCUCCCAGUUACAAGUGA